AUGGAUCCCCAGCCUCGCCGCCGGGACCCUCGCGCCCAAUCUCCCGCCGAGUCCUCAUCCGAUGAACUCGCCGCCGGCUCCGACCAUGACGAAGCCGAACGCCGUCGCGCCAGCUGGACUAUGCAGAAGGGCUUCACCCCACUUCGCCCCAAGAAGUCCGGCCGCUUGUACAGCGAGUCCGAAAGCCCCGACGAGCUAGCUGUGGAUGCCGACGAGUAUUGGCGUUCCUCACGCAUGCGCAACCGUCGCCGAAGCGCUUCGCCAAUCAACCGCACUCCCAUCCAUGACGACCAUUCGCAGGGCGGCUCGGAUGAUCAUGUGGAAGGCGACGUGACUGGCUCCGAUGAGAACCAGGCUGUCAAUCCUAACGACAACUGGUCCGACCGUUCUGCAACGCCUCUUGCUGCUCCGCCACCUCCCAAGCCCGAGCAUCUAAACUACAAGGAGAAGUUUGUUAUGCGCGGUCACCUACGCGGAGUGUCGGCUGUUCAAUUCUCGCCUGAUUGUACUAUGAUCGCUAGUGCUGGCGCCGACGCAGCUCUCAGGGUCUGGGACACUGCGAGUGGUAGACUUAUUCACGUCUUUGAGGGACAUCUAGCUGGUAUUUCUACCCUUGCUUGGACCCCUGAUGGUGGUUGGAUUGCUACCGGUUCCGAUGACAAAACUAUUCGCUUCUGGAACGUGAACACUCUCAGGCCCCACACAAAGGUCUUUGAUGGUCACCAUAACUAUGUGUAUCAAAUUGCAUUCGCACCGAAGGGUAACAUCCUUGUCAGUGGUUCCUACGACGAGGCCGUGUUUAUGUGGGAUGUUCGCCGAGCCAAGGUUAUGCGAUCCCUUCCCGCUCAUUCCGACCCUGUUGCCGGUAUUGAUGUUGUACAUGAUGGAACCCUCAUUGUGUCGUGCGCUCUGGAUGGACUCAUUCGUAUCUGGGACACUCUCAGCGGCCAGUGUCUCCGCACCCUGGUCAUGGAAGAUAACCCGCCUGCAACAUGCGUCAAGUUCUCCCCCAACGGCAAGUACGUCUUGGCCUGGACCCUGGAUGGCUGCAUUCGGAUGUGGAGCUAUGUUGAGAGUCGCGUCGUUAAAACUUUCCAAGGCCAUCUUGUCGGGAUGCUUUGGUACUUAUGGCCCCCCAACGUAACCUACGACCAGCCUCUGUGUUUCGCUGUCAGCGGCAGUGAGGAUGGUUCUAUCCUCUUCUGGGAUAUUGUGAGCAAGCAAAUUCUGCAACGCCUUACUGGUCACUCGGGUGCUGUGCUUUGUGUUCAUACGGGUACACUGAACGGCAAACGUAUGGUUGUGAGCUGCGGAGUGGACAAGACUGUUCGUGUGUGGGCAGAGGUCGAUGAGAAUGCCACCGAAUCUGACGAUGAUGCGGCCAGCGAUGGUGUUACCCCUACCCCUGAGUCUCACUCGCAGAAAAGCACCCCUACACUUGAUGCAGAUGGUGACAAUGCUAUGACUGAUGUUUCCGUCGUGCCUUCCACUACUGCCACUCCGGCGGAAGAUGUGAUGAUGGAAUGA